AUCUCGCAGAAAGAUAGAUUGAUGAUGUCAUCGGCGAGGUUGCCGGUACAAGUCACAGACGCUGAUGCGGUCCGAUUUCUGAUAAAUUUGAUAGGAGACAUGCAUCAACCACUCCAUGAGGGAUUCCAGACUGAUGAUUUCGGGAAGCAGACUAUCGUUAAGUUGCCGGGUGGAUCUACGUUGUCUUUAUAUGAAUUGUGGGAUCACGAAAUCAUUCAAGAGACGAUAAAGAAUCAUCCGCAGUUUUGGUGGAGUGGGUGGACUCAUAUUCAGCGGGCGAAUCCUGAUACAUACAAUGCGGAUAAGAAAUUAUGGCAAGAGAAUAAUAAAGCAGCUCUUGAAAAGUGGUGUAACGACAACGCGGAGUUUGCAAAUAAAUUGUACUAG